AUGAUACUGGGUAGGUUGCCAGAGCCGUCUGUUAAUUGGAAUACUAUGUGGGCUCUUGUCCGGACGGAUGGCACCGAUACGGACAACUUCUUUGACUUCUUCAUCAUCAUUGUCAUCACGCAUUUGAGGAUCACGUUACUUGUCUUGUGCUAUGAAAAUAGCCAGGAUGUAGCAGUGGCAAAUCACAUGAUACUCAAACUACCCGAGCGCAUGAGUAUCAAUUUUGGCUGGAACCCCAACCCCAUGGGGGUCUUCCUCCAAGAACGCCACCAUGUUCUCCGCACAAUAUUUGGUAUGCGUGUAGCCCUAGAUGUACUGAAGUUCUACGAGAUUGUCACUCUGCGCUGUGGCGAUUGCCAGGCAGAUCGCGUGGUUGCCAUGGGGUGA